AUGUUCCUACGCCGUUUUAGCAGCUUUGUGGCGCCCUUGAAGCGAACUGACAAGUGGGAGCUCCCAGAUUUGGAAAAGCUUCCGGGAGGUUUCCGAGGAAAAGUUUAUAACCGCCGAGACUGGAAAGAGCACAUUGCCAGGAACACAGAUAUAUAUGCCAAAGAAGAGGCCGAGAAACCGAAACCGAAAGUAAAACUGCCUCCGCCGGGAUGGCGCAAGGAUAAAUCGUUGCCGCUGUAUAUGAGGCAGAAGUAUGCACUGAAAGAAAAAGCGGCGCAGAUGGACCUUACAAAAACGAAGAAAUUAUCCAGACAAGCCAUUGAAGGAAUCCGGGUGUUGCAUUCCAAGUACCCUGACGAAUUGCCGAGCCACAAGCUGGCUGAGUUUUUCCAAGUGCCAGUUGUUGCCGUGGCAAAGAUCUUGAAGUCGAAAUGGAGUCCUAAGCCGCACGAGAGGGCAGCCAAGGAGAAAAAAUGGGAAGAGCGUGGUAAAGAGCUGCGGCGCAAGAUCUUUUUGGAAAACCAGUUGGAAAAGUUCUUCGAGGCCAAAGAGCAAGAGCUGGGUUUAGAGCUGCCGUACUUCUUCAAGCAGGAACUGCGAGAUUUUGCGAAUUUGCAUGGAUUCAACGACCUGGAGGACCAGUUCUACCAUCUGAACGAAAUGAGAGUCAAGAGAGAAAAAGAAGCCCCAGCUCUAAAGUUGGAGCACGAUAUUUAGAGCGCGCAUGUACA